AUGGCCGUCACAAAGCCAUCUCACGAUGUUGAGAAGGUCAACCCCGAGUUGGAUCUUGUAGGCUUGGACAAUGUCCAGACCUAUGACGACCAAAAUCUCAAGCCCAACGAUGGACAAGAAGUGGUUCAAAACACAACGCUACAUCGUGGACUCAAGGCCCGCCACAUCACAAUGAUUGCCAUUGGUGGCGCUAUUGGAACUGGUCUCAUUAUUGGAACCGGAAAGUCCCUAGCCCAGGCCGGUCCAGGCUCCGUUUUCAUCUCAUACACGAUUGUCGGGUUCGUCGUAUUCCUGAUCAUGGCUGCUGUUGGCGAGAUGGCAGCAUGGCUUCCUGUCUCUGCCGGUUUUACCGCAUACGCGACCCGAUUUUGCGAUCCCUCCCUUGGCUUUGCCUUAGGGUGGUGCUACUGGGUUAAAUACGUCAUUAUAGCCCCUAAUCAGCUCACCGCAGCAGCGCUUGUUAUACAAUUCUGGGUCGAUCGCGAUACCAUAAACCCAGGAGUGUUUAUUGCGAUUUUCCUCGUAUGUAUCCUCUGCAUCAACUACUUCGGUAUUCGAUUCUUCGGCGAAUUUGAAUUCUGGCUUUCAGCAUUCAAAGUGAUCACGAUUGUUGGAAUCAUCCUCUUUUCCCUUAUUCUUGCUCUUGGCGGGGGCCCAGAUCAUGACCGCAAGGGCUUCAGAUACUGGAGAGACCCAGGUGCUUUCAAACCAUACAUCAACGAGGGCUCAAGCGGCCGAUUCUUGGGCUUUUGGUCAUGCAUGAUCAACGCAACGUUUGCCUAUAUGGGUACAGAGCUAGUGGGUGUCACUGUGGCUGAAGCCCAGAACCCACGCAAGACAAUCCCCAAGGCCAUCAAGCUCACAUAUUAUCGCAUCUUAUUCUUCUACUGCCUUAGUGUUUUGCUCGUGGGCAUGAUUGUGCCGUAUAACUCGCCGCAGCUGGUUUUCGCUACUGCAGCAAAGACUGGUGCUUCGGCUUCGCCAUUCGUCGUCGCUGCUGAGCUUGCAGGAGUUCGAGCAAUUGCCCACGUCUUGAAUGGAUGUAUCUUGGUCUUCGUUUUCUCCGCCUCGAACACAGAUCUCUACAUUUCCAGCAGAACUUUACAUGCCCUGGCUUCGGAUGGCCUGGCGCCCAAGAUCUUCAAGAGGACGAACAAGAACGGGGUUCCGAUUUACGCUCUUGGCUUUUCGGCACUCUUCUGCCUGCUCGCCUUUAUGAACGUUUCAGACGACUCAACAAAGGUGUUCCAAUACUUUGUGAACCUGACGACCAUCUUUGCUCUUGUGACUUGGAUUUCUAUCCUGGUUACCCAUAUCCACUGGUGUCGGGCUCGCAGAACACAAGGGCUGGCUGACGAGGCUCUUCCUUACGUCGCGCCAUUUGGUGUCUACGGAACAUGGGUCGCCUUAAUUGUCUGUAUCAUCAUUGCUCUGACAAAGAACUACGACGUCUUUGUUGGGGACUUUGACAUGGCCAAGACAAAAACCUUCAUCACUGGUUACCUUGGAAUCCCUGUCUAUCUGAUACUUAUUUUUGGUCACAAGUUUAUCACCAAGAGUCGUGGAAUUAAACCGGCGGAAGCGGACUUUUACACCGGGAAGGAUGUUAUCGAUAGAGAGGAGGAAGAAUUUCUCGCACGCAAGGCAGCUAGGCGAGAGUCCGAGGGAAGGAGCAGGAUGAGUUGGUUUUACAAGACAUUUUUUUCGUGGCUGUUGUAA